AACCCGCCGGGGCACGCGGGACUGCUGCAGGCGUGGAGCAGGUCUACGAGGACGGCGUCACACAUCAGGGACACUCCAGGCUCCGGUGGAUCAGUUCCCGCUCACACAGACCCGGACCGUCGUGCACGGCGCUCUCUCUCUCUCUCUCCCUCGCUCUCGCGGAGACGCGCCCCCGGCUUGGUUCCGUCCUACCGGAGGCAGCAGCUCGGUGUCUGCGCGCUCAGAUGCACCGGAGCGCGUGAGAGGAGGCACACGGAGGGAGGACCGUCUCCAGCUCCACCUGCACCGGAAUUUAUUCACCGCGGACACCGGAGCUUCUAACGGAGCCUGAACCGGGACGGUACGAGGAUCAGACGUUGGACGGAGCUGCUGCUGAUCUGUGGAGUGUGAUUGUUGCUGUGACUGGAUGAACCCGUCUGUUCACUUGUCCACUGAUCCAUCAUCCGUCCAUCGCUGCAGCAGUCAGAGGAAGGAUCUGAUGAGAGAGGAGAGCAGAGACGACCUGCGAUGGCCGGUGCAGCUGACGGUGUAGGCAGUCUGGGAGCAGAGCAGAACCACCUGAGCGUCCCGGUCUCGGAUCAAGGAGUCUGGGCCACGACCAUGAACAACCUGGGCAUCGUGCCGGUGGGCCUCAGCGGGCAGCAGCUGGUUUCAGACUCUCUGUGUAUCCAGAGGUUCGACCCCGGACUGGGACUCAUCGCUCCCAUCAACCCUCUGAUGGCGGGAAUCAGCUUGGUCCCGCCCCCGCCUGUUCCCCCCGACAUGCCGCUCAUCAAGGAGAUCAUCCACUGCAAGAGCUGCACGCUGUUCCCCCAGAACCCCAAUCUGCCACCUCCGUCGACGAGGGAGCGCCCCCCUGGCUGUAAGACGGUGUUUGUGGGGGGUCUGCCGGAGAACGCCACCGAGGAGAUCAUCAGGGAGGUUUUCGACCAGUGCGGAGAGAUCAUCGCCAUCCGCAAGAGCAAGAAGAACUUCUGCCACAUCCGCUUCAGCGAGGAAUUCAUGGUGGACAAGGCCCUCUACCUGUCAGGCCUGACGUCACCACUGAGAGAGACUGGACUUUGCAUCAGGAAUCAAAUCCUCCAGCACUAUUUUUUAACUGGGUACCGGAUGCGUAUCGGAUCCAGCACGGACAAAAAGGACUCAGGGAGGAUCCACGUAGACUUUGCUCAGGCCAGAGACGACCUGUACGAGUGGGAGUGUAAACAGCGGCUCCUGGCCAGAGAGGAACGCCACCGCCGCAAGAUCCACGAGGACCGGCUGAGACCGCCGUCUCCUCCUCCCAUAGUGCACUUCUCUGAGCACGAGGCGGCCAUGUUGGCAGAGAGACUGAAAGACGACCAUAAGUUCAGCGAAGCCACAGCGGUGCUGUUCACCUGGAUCGACCGCGGCGAAGUCAACCGGCGGACCGCCAACAACUUCUACUCUAUGAUCCAGUCGGCCAACAGCCACGUGCGGCGGCUAAUGAGCGAGAAAGCUCAGCACGAGGAGGAGAUGGAGCGCGCCAAGGAGGCCUUCAAGAACGCCCUGCUGGCCAUCCUGACCCAGUUCGAGCAGAUCGCCGCCGUUUUCACCGCCGCCACCAGGCAAAAGGCAUGGGACCAUUUCUCAAAAGCACAGCGCAAGAACAUAGACAUUUGGCGCAAGCAGUGUGAGGAGCUGAGAAACGCCCACAGCGAGGAGAUCAUGGGCAUCAGACGGGAGGAGGAGAUGGAGAUGUCAGAGGACGACUUGGAUGAAAAUCCCUGCAAGCGGAUGCGCACUGAGGAGAACGGAGUGUGUGAUCAGACUCAGGCAUCUCUGAAGGAGGAGAACGACUCGCUGCGCUGGCAGCUGGACGCCUACAGGAACGAGGUGGAGUUGCUGAGGAAGGAGCAGAGCCGAGCGAGCCGACAGGACGACGACCACACGCAGACGCACGCGCACAACGCCGAGGCUCAGAUCCAGCUGCUGCAGCAGAACAUGCACAACAUGCAGCAGCAACUGCUGAGUCUGCAGGAGAAGCUGGCGAGUAAAGAGUCAGAGCUGGAGCAGGCCAGAGAGGAGCAGCGCUACCUGGAGGGGGAGGUGCUCACCCUCAGAGACAAGCUGCUCAACGGAAACGCCGACGCUGUGGAGGGAACCAACGGAGAGCUGCAUGAAAAGGUGUUGAACGGGUGUGUUCCCUCAGGGUUCCUCGGCAGAGAGCGGAGGAGUGAGGUCAUCAUGAGAGGAGGUGUGGCCUCAGAGAAGGAGGCUCUGCUGCUCGGCAUCAUAUCGACCUUCCUGCACGUCCAUCCGUUCGGAGCGAACCUGGAGUAUCUGUGGUCGUACAUUCAGAGACUCGACUCAAAGGUGUCUGCGGGGGACCUGGAGCGUCUCAUGGUCCGCCUCCCCAGCAUGUUCCGUCAGGAGCUGAGCGGCGUCGGAGCGACUCUUGAGAAACGGUGGAAGUUCUGCGGCUUCGACAGCCUCGGCUCGGCGUGACGCAGGGAGAACGCACACACAUACACACCGAGAACACACUCUGAACAGAUGCACACUUUGUCUGAGUGUGUGUGUGCGCGUUCGUCCAUGUUGGAUAUCCAGCAGUGUGUGGGACACUGUGUUUGAGACGGAUGCUCACACAGUCCCUCCUGAUGUCGCUGCAGGUUUUCGUCACUGUGAAGUGAAACAGGAAGCUCAGACCUGCAGACGUCCUCUGCGUCUGAUCAUGUUGACGGUCUAUGAGGUCUCUGGACCUGGAUCGUGGUCCUUGGUUGUCUCUUGAGAGAGAGAGAAGUGAUACCAAAGUUGACCCUUUACAUGUUUGGUUAAAACCAACUUCAUCACAUUUAUCAACAAAAUAAGAGCCUUUAUGUUUGGGAUAUGGGCUGUUUAACGUGGUGGCGUGAUAGACGUCAGGUCACGUCCUCCUUCAUACGACGCUCAGUUUUUUUUUUUGGAAAUGUAGCAGAAACGUCAAACAGAACUGCAGGAGUUUACACACCAACUGAUUCAAUCUGUCGCCCGACAAACAGAAGCGUUUCACUCAGUCUGAUGCUCGCUGGUUUACGGACACAUUUUGUGAAAGUCCAAUGCAGUUUGGAACUGGUGGCGCCCCCUGCUGAGGGAUUUCAAAAUAAUUUUACACACGUGGUUCAACAUUAGUAUUUAACAUAAGUUUUGGAAUGAUUGAAUAAGAAAUUAGCGCCCCCUAGGGGUCGAUUUGAUGAAACUUUGGGGAUAUGCUGCUCAUAUUGCUUUGGACAGUUCCUGUGAGUUUUGUGAUGAUCAGCUGAAUGGUUGAAGAGUUAAGUCUGUUAAUGUGCUAAAAUGUUUUGUUAAAUAUCUUCAAGAAGCAAUGAGAUAUCAGCAACCUUUUGAUAACUUUUGAUAAGCUUGGUUCAGGUAUGAUUCACAGAAAAUUUGGUACAAAUCUAACCUUUGGUUUGGAAGGAGUCCAAACCAAGUCCAAGAAGUCGAAGUUUUUCUAAAAAUUGAAAAUGGUGAAAAUCUUGUCCAUGGCACCUUUGUUUUGUUUUUUGUUUUUUUUGGUCGAACACAUUAAUCUGGAUUCUGUGUCAAAUUUCCAGUUGAGUUAUGGUGUGAGGGACGUGGCCUUUCAAAAACUGAAUUUUUGGGCCCUAAUUAUAGUGUCCCCAUCAGACCUAUUGGCAGCAUAUUUUUUGGGCAGCAUUUGCAUAUAACCUCCCGUCAUGGUAACGAUUUCACGUGUGAACGAUGCAAAAACAUUUCUGAAAAAGAAGAAAAGUAAACACACACAAAAAUAACAGGGUGUCAGCCCUUUAACAAAUCCCUGAAACUAAACCAUCAAGUCAAAAAGAAGUGCAAAAGACCUGCAAAGCACGAGUCAUACAACUGAAAAAUAGUAGAAUAUGGAAAAUACUGCCAACAGUAGUAGUAGUGGAAGUACCACAAGUUUUCUGCUCGAGCGGUGGAAACUUAAACAAACACAAAAAUGUAUUUUAAAAUUUUAAAAUCCACAAACACAUUUCUCCUGCAGAUGAUUUUUGUCAGCUUUCUGAUUCUCUGAUUCGGUUCUUAAAUUGACGUAUGUUGAUGACAGAUCUGCAGCUGGCGUGUAAACACAACAUGAGAUCAUAUUUAUUUCUUAACAGCAGACGCGUCUGGAGGGAAACAUCUGCAGGGUUUCAGCUAAUCGCACCAACAAGGAGUGAAAGUCUUUGGCUCCUGCAGAGAUCAGAGAUAUAAAGUGGAGGAGUGAGGGCGAAGAGGAGGAUAUUAUGAAGGUAAAACCGUGUGAGGAUGAUGGAAAUAUGACAGACAAUGGUCGAGUUUUUUUUUUAAAGAUGAAGUCAGACGAGUAAAUUCAAUCAUUCCGCUUAAUUUAUUUCAUGAUACUGUAAGAAGAAGAAGCUGUUCACUGAAACUGUGUUUAAAUGUGAUGAAAUGAAAAAAGACGAAUUACUGUCUCCUGAUUCUUUUGAAU